CAAUCAUCUCUCUCUCUCUCUCUCUCUCUCUCUUCUUCUUCUCCUCCUCAUAGAAGUGGGCGGUGGAGACUUCCAUUACCUACAAAUAUCAGAUUCCUCUUUCUUCGCUCGAUUCAAUUUCAAAAAUUUGAUCUUUCUGGGUCUCUCUUCUCCUGUUGCUCACAAAUACGAUUCCUUGGUUUGUCUAAAGUUUUGAGCUUUUUUUCUUUAGGUGGAGACUUCGAGUACCUAAAAAUAUCAGAUUCCUCUCUUUCUCUAACUCUGCUCGAUUCAAAACCCAAAAUUUUGGGUCUUACUCUUCUCCUGUUGGUGGUGAGGAAGAAGAUUCGUGGGGUUUGUCUAAAGUUGUAAGCUUUGUUCUUCUUCUGGGUGUGUGUGUGUGUAUGCAAAAUCAAAUGGAGUGGGAUAGUGAUUCCGAUCUCAGCGGCGGAGAUGAAGUAGCUGCAGCAGAUGGAUGGUUCGGCGGAGAUAACGGAGCGAUUCCGUUUCCGGUAGGUAGUCUUCCUGGAACGGCGCCGUGUGGGUUUGUGGUCAGCGAUGCUCUUGAACCUGAUAACCCUAUCAUUUAUGUCAACACUGUUUUUGAGAUGGUCACUGGGUAUCGAGCUGAGGAAGUUAUUGGUCGAAAUUGCCGGUUCUUGCAAUGUAGAGGGCCAUUUGCUAAAAGAAGGCAUCCAAUGGUAGAUUCUACGAUUGUGUCGAAGAUGCGACAAUGUCUAGAAAAUGGCAUCGAGUUUCAAGGCGAGUUGCUCAACUUUCGGAAAGAUGGAUCUCCCUUGAUGAACAAGCUGCGUCUAGUCCCUAUCCGUGAAGAGGAUGAAAUCACUCAUUUCAUAGGUGUUCUUUUCUUCACAGAUGCAAAAAUUGAUCUUGGUCCUGAUUUAUCUGCAAGGGACAUCCCAAGAAUAUCUCGCUCGUUUACCUCUGCUUUACCAAUCGGAGAGCGUAAUGUGUCUCGUGGACUCUGUGGGAUAUUCGAACUGAGUGAUGAGGUCAUAGCUAUCAGGAUAUUGUCACAGUUGACUCCUGGUGAUAUUGCAUCGGUUAGUUGCGUGUGGAAGUCCACCUNUGACUUGACAAAGAAUGAUGAUGUAUGGAGAAUGGUCUGUCAAAACACAUGGGGUACUGAGGCAACACGUGUUCUUGAGAGUGUUCCUGGUGCAAAGAGGAUCGGUUGGGUGCGACUGGCUCGAGAGUUCACCACACAUGAAGCUACGGCAUGGAGGAAAUUUUCGGUUGGAGGAACUGUUGAGCCUUCCCGGUGUAAUUUCAGCGCAUGUGCUGUUGGGAACAGGAUUGUUAUCUUUGGCGGGGAAGGUGCGAAUAUGCAGCCGAUGAAUGAUACAUUUGUGUUGGACCUUGGCUCGAGUAGUCCUGAGUGGAAAUCUGUUCUGGUCAGUUCUCCUCCUCCAGGUCGCUGGGGUCACACGCUUUCUUGUGUCAAUGGAUCCCGUCUAGUAGUGUUUGGAGGUUAUGGGAGCCACGGAUUACUCAACGAUGUGUUCUUAUUAGACCUUGAUGCAGACCCGCCGAGCUGGAGAGAAGUAUCCGGAUUGGCCCCUCCGAUACCAAGAUCGUGGCACAGUUCGUGCACACUUGACGGCACUAAGCUGAUAGUAUCAGGUGGCUGUGCUGAUUCAGGAGCUCUACUUAGUGAUACAUUCCUGCUUGACCUUUCGAUGGAUAUACCAACUUGGAGGGAGAUACCAGUUCCAUGGACUCCUCCAUCUCGCCUCGGACAUACUCUAACUGUCUAUGGUGACUGUAAGAUCCUCAUGUUUGGCGGUCUUGCGAAAAACGGUUCUCUGAGAUUCCGCUCUAACGAUGUAUACACGAUGGAUCUUAGCGAGGAUGAACCGAGUUGGAGACCUGUGAUUGGCUAUGGAUCUAGCCUCCCGGGAGGCAUGGCAGCUCCACCACCGAGGCUGGAUCAUGUGGCGAUAAGCCUUCCCGGUGGUAGAAUCUUGAUCUUUGGUGGUUCGGUUGCAGGGCUUGACUCAGCUUCUCAGCUUUAUCUUCUUGAUCCAACGGAAGAGAAACCGGCAUGGAGAAUACUGAAUGUUCAGGGAAGUCCACCUAGGUUUGCGUGGGGACACACAACUUGUGUGGUGGGAGGAACUCGGUUGGUGGUCUUAGGUGGCCAGACCGGAGAAGAGUGGAUGCUAAAUGAAGCUCAUGAACUGUUAUUAGCAACUUCAACAACUGCAAGCAGUUGAUCAAGUGAUGAAGUUAGUGGCUUUUUUAGAUGUUUUGGGACAAAAAGAUCUAUACAUUGGAUCAAAAAAAACAUGUUCAUAUUGCUCUGUACAUGGUGAGUAUGAUACGUCCAUGUUUUGUUCAUCUGUUGAUUGUAAUGGGUUUUUUGUAUAUGCAAAAUAUUAUGAAUUGGAUUGUAAAUACCGUCUUCUGUAGUGAAUUUUUUGUAAGUGGCCAAAUGAUCUAAAAACCAAAACCCUAUUAGUA